AUGCCAAAGGCGGUGGCAGACAAGAUCAUUGCAUUACAAAGAAAAUUUAUAUGGUGCAAGGAGGACAACCCCAAAGAAAGUUGGGGGCUUGGGGUGGGUGAUGCAGUGCUGAGGAAUACAGCGCUCCUGUUUAAGUGGUGGUGGCAGUUUUCAAAGGAGGAGUGCCCGCUGUGGAAGAAGAUUGUUUGUUCAUGCAACAAGUUGAACCCGGAUAUAAUGCUAACAACUCAGUCUUUACCAGUAAAAGGAGGGCCUUGGAAGGACAUAUGUCAGCUGAAUAUCAAAGAACCACGGGUUCGAGAUAAAGUGGUCAGUGGCCUGGCAAUGGAAGUAGGCAAUGAAUGGAUAUGGAAUUUUCAAUGGAGGAGGGAGUUGUUUCAAUGGGAGCUGGAACUUCUCCGUCAUCUCCAUGAGAUGUUACGUCCAGUGAAGCUGUCAGCUAGGCACGAGGACAAUGUGAUGUGGAAGUUUGACAAUAAAGGUGUUUUUUCUACGAACUCCGUUAUACAGGUCAUACAAUUGGAGAUGUUGUCGGAUGAGAUCACGAGCUAUAGCUUUACAAGUCCACUUUGGAAAGGUUUUGUACCUCUGAGAAUUGAGCUUUUUGGGUGGUUUGUGCUAGUUGGUAGAGUUGACACCAAGGAGAGGUUAACUAAACUAGGAGUUAACAUUCAGAGUGAUAGCAUUUGUGUACUGUGUACCAAGGAAAUCGAAUCGGCUGAGCAUUUAUUUCUUUGGUGUGAGACAACAAGGGCAAAAGAUGUGGAUGACAGCGUUCUUUGCAGUGAUUUGGAACAUUUGGUUGGAACGUAA